AUGGCCAAUACGGGAGAAUAUUUCCAUACCGUGCUGCCUUUCGAUGGACACUACAUUCGACUUCUCAAAUUCGAGUCUACCGCCCUUGAAGAACCUCUCAGACUUUCUCUCAAGACAUGCAAAUUCGCAGAGAAACCCGAUUACAACAGCCUCUCUUAUGAAUGGGGAACCACCGCAGCUGACCAACCGAUCCUCGUCAACGAUCAGCUCUUCUUCAUCCGGGAGAAUCUGUACAAAUUCCUGAAGGUAUUAGCCAGCAGUGCUUACAGAGACACUUAUUUCUUCGCGGACGCAAUCUGUAUCAAUCAGAAUGACACCUCCGAGCGUAACGCCCAGGUCCAGCGAAUGGGGGAUCUUUAUGCACAGGCAGAAAACGUGCUCGUCUGGCUUGGACCUGCCACAGCCGAGAGCGAUCUCAUUUUUGAUGUAUGCUUCGAGUCGGUAGUCAACAACACCAGCGUCCUAUCCAAACUGGGGAAGCAAAAGGCACAAACCGACGCCCUGGAUACGAUAUAUCAACGGUCUUACUGGUCCAGGCUGUGGAUAAUCCAGGAGUUAUUUCUGGCACGAACCAUCAUCUUAUUUUGUGGAUCAAAAUCGACAGCGUGGUCGGCCUUUAAGCAGCUACCGAAGUGGAACAAGCGCGAGUUUGUCCUUGGAGGCUUUACGGGAGUUGAUAUGGUUCUUGAGAGCACUCCAGCAGGUCGCCAUGCGAGGGAUAUUCUAGAUGAGUUGAAAAAGAGGGACCAGGGAAGAAGCACUUUAACAAAGAUAGGACUUGUGGAUCUGAUUCUGAAGUUUGGUCUGGCUCAAUGUUCCGAUGUUCGUGAUCGUGUCUACGGCCUACUUGGUUUUGCUAGUGCAUCUAGUGAAUUCAGCAAAGCCGAGGAAGGCCGAGGAUCGGAGGUCAUUGUGGACUAUUCGGAGAGCCCAAUGUGCCUAUUUGUGCUCCUUCUGCGUACCAUGCCGCGUGAAGUCCGUAUUGGAACUGCACUGCAGCUCUUCAACGUUCUGGAGCUACAGCGUGCUCCCGAAAGUGCGAUUGUUGCAAGCAUUCCAGAAACAGACUUGAGUCUAUCUUUCGAGAUUAGCUUCACCCAUAUAGGGCAUCUCAUGAAUGUGACUCAGUCCUCUGACAAGUCCCUGCACCAACUGCUGGCAGGAAAGAGUUUCGCGCAGAUACAAAAAGGCGAAAGGCAGAACGCUAUGGCAAUCUAUGGCGGUGGGCCUCUAUAUAGUAUUAUGUCUUAUGACAGUUGUGUAACAGCGUCUGGAGCUUGUGGAGGUGAUGAUAUCUUUCUUCUGGAAGGUACCAACUUCGUCCUAAUCCGACAUUACAAUGAAUGGGGCGGUACGUCGGGUUACAUCCGAGGUCUUCUUUGCAGCGGAAAAAGCGAACAAAGUAUCCAGAGAGCAGGCGAAAUUCUCGACAGCUUCCUCCCUCAUUUACCGUUUAUUAAUGGUGAUUGUCUCAGGGCUGGCAGACAUACGAUGUUCAAGCUGGCGGGCCCGGUUGACUUCGUCUAUGAGGACCUGAGUCUGCGACAGAUUAUAUUGCUCCUAACAUAUACCGGACAACAUAGUGAUUAUUGGAGUCGGCAGUUAGAGGCUUCGACUAGGGAACUAAUGAGCAUCAGGAUGAGCUAA